AUGGCCUCAUCCAACCCGUUCCGCAAGAAGACUGCUCCCACCGCAACCACAACGGCCUUUAUUCCAGCCACUACCAAUCUUGCGGCUACUCGCUUUCCUCCGCUCGAUACCAUAGACACCUCAUUCGGUCUUGCGGAUCCUUCGGUCGUCGACAAAAAAUCGAAGCCGGUCAAGAAGGUCCGCGUUCUCUCACCACCACCUCUUUCUCCCGACUCUCCCGAAUGGCCUUUUACGGCGCAACCGCUCGCCGCCUCUGGCCCCGGGCAUAUCGGGGUCAACGACCCGUUUGACGCAGUGUCCUCCGACGACAGCGAUCGCGAGAUCGUACCUACCGCUGCCCCGCCCCCACCAACGAUUGGGAGUCGAGUUCCAGCCAACCCGUUUAGCAAGACAUUGCGAGACCUGGAGAAGGUAAGGGCGGAUCACAAACCGGAGCAGGAUCGGCGGGAGGAGGGUGACAGUCUCAAGGCCGCCAGGAGGUCCUUGGACGUAAACUCAUUCAAGCGCCUGCUCAUGACUGGAAACUCGGGGGGCAUACAUUCAACGCCUCCAAGGACACAACAUUUGAUGCCCGCAUCCCAGAAAACCGCAGCGGACUCCUCUUCAGUGUCCAUAUCAUCAACUUACGACGGCUCCAAGGACGGCCGGAAUCCUGGUAGCGAGAUUCACGAAGUCUCACUUAUUUCUCGUGACACUUCGGAUACCCCGGAUGAUGAUUUAGACCCAGGCAGCCUUUCCGAUUCGAGUGUAUCGGCUCGGAUAAACAGAGACAAGAAACCUCCGCCACCACCGAGCUCUCGCCAUGGAAAGUCUAUCAAGAUGGAACUGGGAGGAGAGUACGGUUCUUCCGAUGCACUCCGGCCCAAGUCGCCCUCUGAUAUAAACAAGCCGCUGCCUCCAGCACCACACCGGAAGAGCUUUGAGGACGACUCUGAAUCGCCGUUUGACCGGGAAUCAGUCGGCAAGAUCCCAGAGGCCGAUGCGCAUGCCUCCCAGACGACUCCGGGCAGUGGUCGAAAGACGGGACCUGCGCCGCCGCCGCGAAGAGGUCAUGCCAGGGCAGAGAGCAAAGCCUACGCUACGAGCAUCUCGAAAGAGGGGCAACCACUACCUAAAUACCACGACGACGAGAUGCCGUCCCGGUCGUCGUCGAUACGGUCCAAAAGCGAACGAAAUCGCCAUGACCCUCACUCGCCGAUUCCCCCACCACCUCCUCGAAGGUCUUACCAUGGGUCAAGACCAUCGACACAAGUACCGCCGGCCGUUGCCGCCUCUAUCGACGCGGCUAUGAGUCAAACAUCCACCUCAUCCGACCCGCACUCGGAAGCCGACAGACCCACCGCCACAACCUCAGUUAACGCAGCGCCGUCUCGCGAUGCCCAGCUAGGAAAUUAUAAGGUAUCGGCCCCUCCGCCACCGCCGGCGCGUAACAUAUCCGUCCGACGUCCUGCAAGUGUGAGGAGCAUGGACAGCAACAGCCGACGCACGUCUGCCGAGGCGAAACCGCACCCGCACAGUGGCAUUGCACCGCCGCCACCCCCACGACGACAUCGAGGUAGCAGUCGGGGUAGCAUGGACGCGCCCUACAAGAGGACCAGCGUGGAUGGGGUGCCCAGGACAGAGCAGAGACUACUAGAAGAGGGCAAUCCCGCGGCUCUGGAUAGCGCAGGUGCUAAUACAGAUCCUGCAUCUCCGCACUCGGCAGGUGAUGCAGGAAAGGGCGUGAACAUCUUGGCCGAUCUUGAUGCCUUGCAGCGGGAAGUUGACGCACUGCGGGGGAAACUCGUAUGA